CCCCUCCUCUUCCUCCUCCCCCUCAACUUGAACCUUCGUCCAUCCUCAACUGUCCUCGAUUUACCCCCCCAGACCCCUCGCCCUCUCCACUACCUCUCCUCUUCGCCUCUCCGCAUCUGUCACCAUGGCGACCUCUCCCGCCGGGCGCAUGCUGUCCCGCCAACUGCAGCAAAUGCAGUCUGAUAAGGACAUUCCCGGAAUCAGCUGUGGCUUGGUCGAUAACAACGUCUUUGAAUGGGAGGUGAUGCUGAUGAUCUCGGACGACGUCAAGUUGUAUGGAGGUGGUUUCUUCCGUGCUCGUCUCUCAUUCCCGCCCGAGUAUCCCCACAUGCCACCGAAGAUGAAGUUCGAAUCGCCCCUCUUCCACCCGAAUAUCUACGAGAACGGCGACGUCUGCAUCUCCAUCCUGCACCCGCCCGAGGAGGACAAAUUUGGCUAUGAGUCUGCCGCCGAGCGCUGGUCGCCCGUUCAAACCCCCGAGACCAUCCUGCUCUCUGUCAUCUCUAUGCUAUCCAGUCCGAAUGACGAGAGCCCCGCUAACGUGGAAGCUGCGCGGUUGUGGCGAGAGGAUCCGGCCGAGUUCAAGAAGCGGGUGCGCCGGUGCGUGCGGCAGAGCCAAGGGGAUGAGUAAAUGAAGAACGACAAACGAAGUCCGACGGUUAUGAUAUUUUCUUUUUGUUUUUCAUCCAUGGGUGCAUAUGGCUGGUUAUAUUUUCGUUGCGUUUUUUCUUCUUUCUACUCAUCCAUCUCUUUCCAUACGCCCGAGUGUCAAUAUUCUUGUCCUUUGGUUUCUUUCUGCUUACUUGCUCGUGGUGUUGCUCUCCUGAUUGCAUAAAAGAGCGAGCGCUUAUGGGGAACUUUUCGUUUGAUUAUGGGUGAAAUGAUCUAGCAUUCAUGGAACCUUGGUGAAGUUUCAUGCUUCCCGUGGGGGAUUAUAUUUCUAUAUGUUAUGUGAGUUGCACGGA